GACGGGAACGACAAUUGGCUCCGCUUUGGUAUGGAAGGUUCGACCGUCGGAUUCUCACCUAAAUGCCUUCAUCUUCUCCGGUGGAAGAUAUAUUUGCUCUAGAUUCAACGAUGACGAAGAUAAAGAUGUCUUGAAUAUUCAUUUUCGAGUUGAGUCUGAGUUAUUCUAGGAGUGAAUUCGUUUUAGUUUCGAAUUUUGUUCAAUCUCAGAAGUCGAUAUCUGAAUUUGGUUACCUUCAUGGCGAUUGCUUCCAUUUCUAUGCUCCGCCACCACUCCACCUCCAUCGCUGCCAUUGCAUCAGUCCCGGCCUUCGGAAAUGUUCUACGGCGAUGCUUCAACGUCCGAUGCCUCUCAGUCGUUGCCAAACAGCAUAACCCUAACAAUGUCUCCAAUAAACCUCCGCCAAGCAAGAAUCUACUCCGAGCUAAACAUACUUUCAAGAAUUAUUCGUCUCUUGCACCGGUUCUCUCUCCCCAAGAUAUUCCUCCUCUCUCCGAAUCUCAAGCCAUCGGCACCGUUGCUGCUGCUCAAGCUAAUUUCAUGCGCGUAAUUGUUCAGUCGCUUCCUUCUCGGCUUUCUGUCAGCUCGAACAACGAUUCGGAGCUUUCUGGAAGCUCAGAAGGCGAUUCUUCGGAUUCUUCUCGCCUUGGAAUUGAGUUGCUCUGCGUAGUGAAGGCGGUGCUGAAGAAGAUAAAGAGGAGAGUGUUAGUCGGGGACAAGGUGGUCGUUGGUUCCAUUGAUUGGGUGGACCGCAGGGGAAUGAUCGAGAAUGUCUUCCAAAGAAGCUCGGAGAUCCUUGAUCCUCCGGUAGCCAAUGUGGACCAUUUGCUUGUGCUCUUCUCCAUAGAUCAGCCGAAGUUAGAGCCGUUUACACUUACAAGGUUUCUAGUGGAAGCAGAGUCUACUGGAAUUCCCCUGACGCUGGGUCUCAAUAAAUUGGAACUCGUCGAUGAAGAGACAGUAGUUUCUUGGAAGUCCAGACUGCGCAGCUGGGGCUAUGACCCCCUUUUUUGCAGUGUUCAAACCAGGAUUGGACUUGAUUCCCUAGCAUAUAUUUUGAGAGAUCAAACUACAGUUAUUGUGGGUCCAAGUGGAGUUGGGAAAUCAAGUCUCAUCAAUGCUCUGAGAAGCAAUAACCGUGCUGCUGAUGCUGUAGAGGGAGAUAAUUGGUUUGAUCCCAUUCGAGAUAGCAAGUGGUUUGAGGAUCAGCGUGUUGCAGAAGUUUCGACAAGAAGCGGUAGAGGGAAGCAUACUACCCGUCAUGUUUCUCUCCUACCGUUGAUGGGAGGGGGCUAUCUUGCAGAUACUCCUGGUUUUAACCAGCCUAGUUUGAUGAAAAUAACCAAGCAAUCGCUUGCCCAAGCCUUCCCUGAGAUCCGGAACAAGCUUCUUGCCAGUGAACCUGCUAAAUGCUCUUUUAACGAUUGCUUACAUCUUGGCGAACCGGGUUGUGUUAUUAAUGGAGAUUGGGAGCGAUAUCAAUACUAUUUCCAACUUCUUGAUGAAAUCAGGAUUAGGGAAGAAUUCCAGUUGAGAACAUUCGGAACGAAAAGAGAGGGGGAUGUAAGGAUUAAGGUUGGAGAUAUGGGUGCUCAGCAAGCAGAACCGAGGUUGGAGCUCAAGAAGCAUAGGAGACAAUCUCGUAAGAGAGUGAACCAGUCGAUACUCAACGAGUUGGACGAGUUGGAAGACGAAGAUGACGACUCAUCGGAGGAGGAUGAUCCCAUUUUGAGGGCAAUGAGGAAUGAAAACAACUAGGAGCAAAGCCAUCAGCAGCAUCUAUAAACCCCCCAGUGUAUAUACUUUCCUUUUACUUCUCCGACUCUUACAUGCUGAAUAAACUUGCUAAGAAAAUUGACGAUUUCAGAAUUCUAAUGCUAAAUUUCAUGUUCUAAACGUUUUUCACA